CCUCGCCAGCUGAUGUUGACGUUGACCUGGUGCAGUGAUUGGAUUUCGUCCUUCGCUCGCAAAAUUUUGUUAUCAUCAUUUCGUAGCAUUGCCAAAAAAGAAGCGCAGCAAAAUCGCGUUAUUCGUUCACUCUAUGAGGCAGAAAUAACCAAAACAACGAAGACGAAGUUGUAAAAAAUUGUCUCGAGCAGUGGCACCACCACCAGAGCAAUCUUUAAUCAGUGGAAUCUGUGGAACGACGUGAGAGAAACGAGGUGUGUAUUUACUAUUGAUGUUCAAUUUGAUUGAGCGUACAAUGAUAAACAACAAAAACGUUUAGAUCAGCAGAAUUCCACGAUCGAUGGUGGUGUAAACAGGCGGUGUGGGUGCGAAAUAUAUCGAUUCAAAAGAAUUAUUGUGAACAGACGACCGAAGGCCGUGCACACGUUUGUGAGAGAUUACCGCAUCUCUAGUGUUAUAUAACGAAUUUAUGUGUUGAUAAUUCGUGAUUGCCUCCCUGGGGGAGAAACCAAAGAACGAUGUGGACAAUGUUGCGGAAAUGGGCGAAUCACAUGGAAACAAUUGAGCAACAGAUGGUAUGCUGAUUAUUUCUGAAACAAACUAGAGCGACGGCGCUGUCGGUGCUGAAGCGAGCAGAAUUUUGGCAGCAAAUCGUCGUUCUAAAAUUGUGCAGCAAAUUUAUCAAAACAAAGAACAAGAGAGGCUUUUUCCUAGCAAGAUUCCUUCUUCAAAACUGACAGCCGACCAGGCGAUGGCCGUGGUACGGGCAGGUCAUGAAAUCAAUGGCCACCCGUCGUCGAGUGGACCCAAAACUGGUGGUCCACAGCCGCUGUUCUGCUGGCGCGAGUUUGCCUGCGGCUGGGGAGCUGCCUUUGUGAAUAUCACCGUGACCUAUCCGAUCUACAAGAUGAUCUUCCGGCAGAUGCUGCAUGGGGUUCAGCUCAAUCAGGCUUUCGGUCAGUUGCGGAGCGAAGGGUUCAUCUAUCUGUAUCGGGGGAUUUUUCCCCCGCUCGCACAGAGAACUAUUUCAUUGUCUCUGAUGUUUGGAGUGUAUGAUGGAACCCGCCGGCCGCUGAUCGAGUACUGCGGUAUGAAUCAGUUUUCGGCUAAGACGAUAGCGGGCCUAAUGGCCGGUUCGGUGGAAGCGAUACUAAUGCCUUUCGAGCGGGUACAGAACAUUCUGGCAGCCGCGAAUUAUCACCAAAAAUACAAGAAUACUCAUCACGCAUUUCGAUUAAUAUUCAUCGAGUACGGUUUCAAGGAGUUGUACCGAGGUUUGGUGCCGAUUCUGUGGCGCAACGGUCCUUCAAAUGCGAUGUUCUUUAUCUUGCGUGAAGAAGCGGACCAACGACUGCCGAAACGGCCGACGGUGAUAACGCAACGGACGCAGGAAUUCGUAGCCGGUGCGUGUAUUGGGGCGUUUAUCAGCUCGGUGUUCUACCCGCUCAACGUGAUCAAGGUGACCAUGCAAAGCCGCAUCGGUACCCCGUACGAAAGCAUGUGGUCUGCCCUCCGGCAGGUGUACCACGAACGCGACCGGAAGCUGCGGAACGUCUAUAAGGGCGUUAGCAUGAACUGCACUAGGGCUUUCUUCAGCUGGGGCAUUAUGAACAGUGCCUACGAGCAGCUGAAGAAGGUGUUCUACUAAGUGGGUCGCAGUAAGUAAAGUGUAUCCCUUUUCUUUGGUUAUUUCAUAGUCUAUAUAAAAUACUAGUUCGAAAGGAAUCCCAAAGCGUUCACGGCGUGUCGUUGCGACAAUAAAACUAUUGGAUGUUAUUUCUCGAUUUCUCGUAAUAAUAUUACGAAACAGGAAAACAAUUGUGAUGUAUAUAGUCCUUAUACGAUAGCUUGAAAACAAAAGUAGGAAUCAAUCGUUUAGCCUAUCGACUAGCUCAUAAUAUGUAACGUUAAUUUGUUUUAACCUAAUAUUUACAUACAUGUCGUUUGUGGGCGUUAUAAACUUCUAUUUUGUUGGAGUUGUAGAGGCGUAUUAUAGUCAAACACUUUUCAAUCCAUCAAUCGUUAGUAACCAAAGAAAGUUCACCCAAAUAAUUCAUGAGUCCAAUGCUGCAUUUACCUUCAUUCAUGGCAUGUUAACUGAAUUUUAGGUUUCUUGCAGUGUUUUUUGGAUUCUCUCAUAGAUAAUCUUUGCACUUCGUGUUGGGCAUUGAAUGUACUGAACACAUAAUCCUGAUGUCCUUCUUCAUGUUUAACGUGUCAUUGUUAGUUAUUUGGAAGCACACACAUAAACGUAAACUCACACUCGUUCACACAUAAACACAAUCAAACGACGAUAUUUCUGUAGUGUGGUGCCGUAUAAUCUUUUAAGUUUCAUUAUAAGAUUAGGUGCUACUGAUAGCGAGUAAGGAACUGAAAUUGGCGCAAAAUAUAGUUGAAUAAUUGCAACAA